GGGCGGUGCGGGGCGUGCCGGCGGCGGCGCGGCGGGGCCGGCGGGCGGGCGGCGAUCGCGGCCGCGCUGUCAGGCCGGUGCCGGUGUGAUGAAGAUUGGCGGGCAGACCCGGAUUGUACCGAUAACCCUCAGUGAGAUCCUGUGCUGGGGAUUCACCACCCCCCAGGAACAGAAAAGGACAGGACGGGACCACAUCGCCCUUCAUCCUUUGCGGAUAGACCGCCCACAAGCACACCUCUGUUUUCUGGACCCAUCUCGGUUGUGAUCCCUAUCCAGAAGAUCUCAUUUUUUGGGUGGCAGGAACACACUUGCAGCUCCCUGAGCACCCCCGAAACGGUUCUCGAUGUGACUCCCACCCAGGAUGCACCAUGUCUCCCCGGCACCGGCUCUGACGAUGAUGGCCACCCAGACAGUGCCCCCUCCUCCCUACCAAGACACCCCACAGAUGACAGCCACAGCCCAGCAGCCCACCAAGGCUCAGCCCGUGCAUCUCGCCACUCCAGCAGCAGCCCCUAACGCACCAGUAUCUGCCGCGGCCGGCGACCCCCAGGCGCAGCUGGAGGCUGACAAGCGAGCUGUCUACAGGCAUCCACUGUUCCCACUGCUGACUCUGCUCUUUGAGAAGUGUGAGCAGGCGACGCAGGGCUCCGAGUGCAUCACCUCGGCCAGCUUCGACGUCGACAUUGAGAACUUCGUCCACCAGCAGGAGCAGGAGCACAAGCCCUUCUUCAGUGAUGAUCCUGAGCUGGACAACCUGAUGGUGAAGGCCAUUCAGGUCCUGCGCAUCCACCUCCUGGAGCUGGAGAAGGUCAAUGAGUUGUGCAAGGACUUCUGCAACCGCUACAUCACCUGCCUCAAAACCAAGAUGCACAGUGACAACCUACUCAGGAAUGACCUGGGGGGGCCCUACUCCCCCAACCCCUCCUCCCUCAGCCUCCAUCCCCAGGAGAUGUUGCAGAGCUCGCCCGCAGCCCUGCCACCCACAUCCAACCCUCCGCCGGGCAUCGUGGUGCCAGCAGCCACACUCCCACCGGGCAACUUGGCCAUGAGCACUGGCAGCAGCUCGCCGGCUGUGCCAGGUGGAGCCUUGUACCAGCCUGUGACAAUGGUGACGUCACAGGGUCAGGUCCUUGCCCAAGCCAUCGCCCCUGGUGCCCUGCAGCUCCCCAACGCCCAGGUGAACCUCGACCUUACCUCCCUCCUCGACGGUGAGGACAAGAAGUCCAAGAACAAGCGGGGCGUCCUGCCCAAACAUGCCACCAACAUCAUGCGCUCAUGGCUCUUCCAGCAUCUCAUGCACCCCUACCCCACAGAGGACGAGAAGAGGCAAAUUGCUGCUCAAACCAACCUGACCCUCUUGCAAGUCAACAACUGGUUCAUCAAUGCCCGGCGGCGCAUCCUGCAGCCAAUGCUUGAUGCCAGCAACCCAGACCCUGCCCCCAAAGCAAAGAAAAUCAAAUCUCAGCAUCGGCCCACCCAGCGGUUCUGGCCCAACUCCAUCGCUGCUGGGGUCCUGCAGCAGCAGAGUGGCAAUGCGGGGACAAAUCCUGAUGGCUCGCUCAGCAUGGACAACCUGCAGCCCCUCUCCUCAGCGACAGCCACCAUGGCCAUGCAGCAGGCCAUGCUGGCAGCCCAUGACGACUCCCUUGAUGGCACCGAGGAAGAAGAGGAGGAUGAGGAGGAUGAGGACGAGAUGGAGGAAGAGGAAGAAGAAGAGGAAGAGCUGGAAGAAGAGCCUGGUGGCCUCCCAGCAGCACCGGGCGCUGACCUCGGCUUGGACCGCAGUGACUCCUUGGAAUAGCUCCUCCUGCACCAUCCCCAAAUCAUUGACAGCACCAGAAACAAAAUUCCCCCAGAAAUGCCAAAAAAAACCCCAACCCCUGGCAAGAACAAAAACAAAAUUGGUGAGAAAAAAAGCAAAUUGGAGGCACUGGUGGCUGCCCUGGCUGCCCACAGGAGCACAGGGACCAGCACGUCAGCGUGUGGAUGUGAAGGACACAUGUUUACAAGGCACAUAUUGUGGCCGGAUUUAUUUUUCUUUUUCAGGCUUUUUUCUUAUUUUUCCCUUUUCCCCUUCAUUUUUGGUAAGAAAAAGCAUUUUUAGGGGAUGCUGUUUUCCCCACGCGAUGCUCCAAUGCUGUUGGGUGACAGUGGGCUUUCACCAUGGGCCACUGCGUCCAUCACUUGGAUUCCUUGGUGCAAAAAAACCCAAAUCCCAAUAAACAACCCCAGGACUGAUGCUUUUUGGGAUUUUCCCCCAAAAAGAGGAUUCACAGGCGUAAGUAUCAGCACACGGGGAGAAAGAAACAGCGAGUGCAAGUUCUGCUUCAGGUUGGAUCUGAGGAGGGUUUUGGUGCUCUUGACCCACCAGACUGCCCAAAUCUCCCUGUUUUAUCCCCAGUGCUGUGGCCGUUUGGUGACUGUGGACACAACUUUCUGGAAAAGGGAGGAUAUUCCCCCAAAUCCUUUUAUUUAUGUGCUAAAACACCCACUGAAUCUGGAGAAGAACCACCCCAUUCUCAUCCUGAAGGGCUGAGACUGGAUGCAGAGUUGGGGCAAAGGCUGCCGGGAAUGAGACUUUCCCACUGGCACCGAGGCAGGAAAAAAUGGGUUUUCACCCAGAAUUGAAUGGUGACCCCCGAGAGUCACCAAGACGGAAGGAAACUCAAUCAUGUUGCUGAAAGAUGGUUUCUCCCUGACAUUGUCCACCCAUGUGGGAAAAUGGUGGAGUUUUAGCCCAAACAAGCCACAGGAGAGGGUGGCUCAGCAAAAAAAAAGAAAAAAAAAAUCAAUGUAUUUUGGGUUUCUGUAAUUUCAUAAAGGAUUCAUUGUAAUUUAGUAUUAAUUCAUGGCCAUUUAUUAUAAAGUGCUACGAGAUGA